AAACCUGACUCUCUCUCUCUCCUUCCCAAAAUUGGUGGAUUCUCUCUCUCUCUCUCUCUCUCUCUGCCUCUCGUUCUCUCCCUCCCCGCGAUGGACGCAGCGCCGCCGGCCGCCGGCGGCGGGGGCCCGGCGCCGUUCCUGCUGAAGACGUACGAGAUGGUGGACGACGCGGCGACGGACGAGAUCGUGGCGUGGAGCCCCGGCAAGGCGAGCUUCGUCGUGUGGAACCCCCCGGAGUUCGCUCGCCUCCUGCUCCCCACCUAUUUCAAGCACAACAACUUCUCCAGCUUCAUCAGGCAGCUCAACACCUACGGAUUCCGAAAAAUUGAUCCUGAGCGAUGGGAGUUUGCUAAUGAAGAUUUUGUGAAGGACAAAAAGCAUCUUCUCAAAAGCAUCCACCGCAGAAAGCCCAUCCAUAGCCAUAGUCAACCUCAAGGUUCGAUGGUGGACCCUGAAAGAGCAGCAUAUGAAGAAGAACUAGAGAAGCUUAACCAUGAUAAAAGUGCCCUUGAAGUAAAAAUUUUGAGGCUCAAGCAGCAGCAGUCUAUUGGGAACCAUCAUAUGGAGGAACUUAUCCGGCGAGUGGGAGGAAUGGAACAGAGGCAGGAGGAUUUGCUUGCAUUCCUGGAAAAAGCUCUCCAUAAUCCUAAUUUUGUCGAACAUCUGACUCGGAAAAUUGAGUCUCUGGAUCUAUCAGCAUAUAAUAAAAAGAGAAGGCUUCCCCAAACUGAUCAUGGAAGGCCAGUGGCGGAGAACAGUGUGGAUACUCAUAGUAGCUCAAGACCGGAGCUUGGAAAUAUUUUCCAGCAAGAUUUCUCAAAUAAGCUUAGGCUCGAGCUGUCACCUGCAGUUUCGGAUAUUAAUUUGGUUUCCAAUAGCACACAGAGUUCAAACGAAGAUGGGGGAAGCCCACGGAGAAUUACAUCAGAAAGUGACCCGAAAGAUGCUCCAAUGAGAACGGAGAGCCUUUUAUGUGCACCUGAAGUAUUAGAGCUUUCAGAUACGGGGACUUCCUUCACGUUCAAGAUGGAUUCAUCUAUGCAAAGGAAACCACCAGUAGAUGAAAGCCCAAGGAUGCAUUCAUUGCCUGUGAAUCUAGCUCCUGAAGAGGGAGACAACAAUGUUUCAUGCCAACUAAAUCUAACUCUUGCAUCUUCUCUGUCGCAAGUUGACCAAACUCAACAAUUUAAUCGUCUGAAUGUGUUAGGUCCAGAAAGUAGCAAGUCUCCAGAUGUGAGAUCAAAUGCCAGUAUCACAGAAUCUGGUUUUGGGGUUCUCCAGAAGAAUAGGAAUUCGGACGAAGAGCGUACAAAUUCCUCCUCAUUGCCUGAGGCUCAAAACAACAAACAAACUACAGCUCCUGCUUCGGGUAGAGUGAACGAUGUGUUUUGGGAACAGUUUUUGACAGAAAGACCCGGAUCUUCGGAGAAUGAGGACGCUAAUUCUAGUUACAGGGAAAACUCGUACGAUGUGCAUGAUGAUCGAAAACCAGGCCCUGGAAUGUCCAGAGAUUCUAAAAGCAUGGAGCGUCUCACACUGUGAGAGUAAAGCCGGAGCUGAAGAUCAAUGAUAAGCUUUCUUUGGGUUUCUUAUUGAUCAUCUUUGUGCAUUGUACAACAUGCUCAUAAUAUGAUUGUAUCUCUGGAUUUUGACAAAUCGCUCAUUUGAUGCAACAAUAAGGCCAUAGAAAAUGAAGUUACAUACACUGGUUCAUUUA